GCAAUCCUCCGGAGCGGCUGGCGGGGAGCGGCGGGCGGCGGGCGCAGGGCGGCCGGGCCAGCAUGCAUCCCCGCCCGCUGCCGCUGCCGCUACCGUAGCGGGAAUUACAGCCUCUCCGAGCCAGCGGCCAGCAUGAUUUCAUCUGCUGGAGGAUUUUUGCAUCUGAUCGCUUGAGGUUUUGUUGGGGUUUUUUUGGGUUUUUGUUUUUUUUUUUUUUGUUUUGUUUUUUUUUCCUCCCUCUGUCUUUGUUUCCUUCCCCCUUUCCCCCCCUUCCCCUCCCUCCAUCCCCCCUUUCCUCCUCCUCCUCUUUUUUAGAAGCAGCAAUCGGAGAUGGAUGUCUCUCUUUGCCCUACCAAGUGCACUUUCUGGAGGGUAUUUUUGCUCUGGAGCAUUUGGGGAGACUAUCUGCUUUCGGUGCUGGCUUGCCCUGCUAAUUGUCUUUGCAGCAAGACAGACAUCAAUUGCAAGAAACCGGAUGAUGGGAACCUCUUCCCUCUCUUGGAAGGGCAGGAUUCAGGCAGCAGCAAUGGCAACACGAGCAUCAAUAUCACGGACAUCUCAAGGAACAUCACUUCCAUACACAUAGAGAACUGGAAGAACUUGCAGACGCUGAAUGCUGUUGACAUGGAGCUGUACACGGGACUCCAGAGGCUGACAAUCAGGAACUCAGGACUACGAAACAUCCAGCCACGCGCCUUUGCCAAGAACCCUCACCUGCGCUACAUAGACCUCUCUGGGAACCGGCUCACUACUCUGUCAUGGCAACUCUUCCAGACCCUGCGACUCUUUGAACUGAGACUAGAGAGGAACCUUUUUAACUGCAGCUGCGACAUCCGCUGGAUCCAGCUCUGGCAGGAGAAGGGCGAGGCGAACCUGCAGUACCAGGAGCUCUACUGCAUGAACAUGGACGCAGCCAUCAUCCCUUUGCAGGAGAUGAACAUCACCCAGUGUGACCUCCCUGAGAUCAGUGUGAGCCAUGUGAACCUGACAGUGCGAGAAGGGGAGAACGCCGUCAUCACCUGCAAUGGCUCAGGCUCGCCGCUGCCCGAUGUCGACUGGACGGUGGCUGAUCUCCACUCCAUCAACACACACCAGACCAACCUCAACUGGACCAAUGUUCAUGCCAUCAAUUUGACCUUGGUGAAUGUCACCAGUGAGGACAACGGGUUCCUGCUUACCUGCAUUGCCGAGAAUGUGGUGGGGAUGAGCAAUGCCAGCGUGCUGCUCACUGUCUACUAUCCCCCUCGCAUCCUAACUCUGGAGGAGCCUGUGCUACACCUGGAGCACUGCAUUGCAUUUGCAGUGCAUGGGAACCCAGCUCCCACCCUUCACUGGCUGCACAAUGGCCAAGUCCUCCGGGAGACAGAGAUCAUCCACAUGGAGUUUUACCAACAAGGGGAAGUAUCUGAGGGUUGCCUGCUCUUCAACAAACCCACUCACUACAAUAAUGGCAACUACACGAUUGUGGCCACCAACCAGCUGGGCUCAGCCAACCAAACCAUCAAAGGACACUUCCUUGAAAAACCCUUUCCAGAGAGUACGGACAACUUUGUCUCAAUCGGUGAUUAUGAAGUGAGUCCCACCCCACCCAUCACUGUGACCCACAAACCAGAGGAGGACACUUUUGGGGUUUCCAUAGCGGUUGGGCUGGCAGCUUUUGCUUGUGUCCUCUUGGUCGUCCUCUUUAUUAUGAUCAACAAGUAUGGCCGGCGGUCCAAGUUUGGGAUGAAAGGUCCUGUGGCAGUGAUCAGCGGAGAGGAGGAUUCAGCCAGUCCCCUCCACCACAUCAACCAUGGCAUCACAACGCCCUCGUCCCUGGACGCUGGCCCGGACACGGUGGUGAUCGGCAUGACCCGCAUUCCCGUCAUCGAGAACCCCCAGUACUUCCGACAAGGUCACAACUGCCACAAGCCAGACACGUAUGUCCAGCAUAUUAAGAGGAGAGACAUCGUUUUGAAGAGGGAGCUGGGAGAAGGUGCCUUUGGGAAGGUGUUCUUGGCCGAGUGUUACAACCUCAGCCCCACCAAUGACAAAAUGCUGGUGGCAGUGAAGGCGCUGAAAGACCCCACCUUGGCAGCCCGUAAGGAUUUCCAGAGGGAGGCAGAGCUGCUCACCAACCUGCAGCAUGAACACAUUGUCAAGUUUUAUGGUGUGUGUGGUGAUGGUGACCCGCUCAUCAUGGUCUUCGAGUACAUGAAGCAUGGCGACCUGAACAAGUUCCUGAGGGCACAUGGCCCAGAUGCUAUGAUCCUCGUGGAUGGGCAGCCUCGACAAGCCAAAGGGGAGCUAGGGCUAUCCCAGAUGCUCCACAUCGCUAGCCAGAUCGCCUCUGGAAUGGUGUACCUUGCCUCCCAGCACUUUGUCCAUAGAGACCUGGCCACCAGGAACUGCUUGGUCGGAGCCAACCUGCUGGUGAAGAUUGGAGACUUUGGGAUGUCAAGAGAUGUCUACAGCACUGAUUACUACAGGGAAGGGCCGCGUCCGAAGGGCCAGUUCAGCGCAGCGUGGCAGCGACAGAGACUGGCACCGCCGGCAGCUGCAACAGUUGGAGGACACACCAUGCUGCCUAUCCGCUGGAUGCCUCCGGAGAGCAUCAUGUACAGGAAGUUCACAACAGAGAGUGACGUCUGGAGCUUCGGGGUGAUCCUCUGGGAGAUCUUCACAUAUGGGAAGCAGCCCUGGUUUCAGCUCUCAAACACAGAGGUCAUUGAGUGCAUUACCCAAGGCCGAGUUUUGGAAAGGCCAAGAGUCUGCCCCAAGGAGGUUUACGACAUCAUGUUGGGCUGCUGGCAGAGAGAACCUCAGCAACGGCUCAACAUCAAGGAGAUCUACAAGAUCCUUCAUGCUCUGGGCAAGGCCACACCAAUCUACCUGGACAUCCUUGGCUAGCAGUGGCCACUUGUUGAAAGUCCCUGCUCCUUCCUUCCGUCCUUCCUUCCCUCUCCCCCUCCCAAGUCCUUUACCCCUCAGCUCCCAAGCAAACAUCUUCAUAUAAACUCAAGUGCCUGCUACACAUACAACACUGAAAAAAACAAAACAAAAAGCAUACCAACAAAAAUCCCACAAAACAACAACCUGUAAGGCAGUUUGGCUUAUAUAUAUUUAUAGAUAUCUCUCUAUAUAUAACUUCCACACCAAUACAGAAAGAAGCUGCUGUUACAGAAAAUUAUAAGACUU